UAACAUGGGGAAAUCCCUAGGCUCUGAGGUUAGGAAGAGGCUCCCACGGGCUUUCAGCAGGACCCCCCCCCCACACACACACAUACGAAGGAGUGUGGACCUGGGGCUCAGCGUGGCUGGUGGCCAAGAAAGACUGGGUGCACAAAUCGCCCCCUUCUGGAGGAGCAGGACUGAAGUCCUGAGGGUCCCUGGAGAGGCCCUGCUGAGGUAUCCCAGGCGCGCUGAGGCAGGGGUCUUGACGGGGAACAUCCGUUUUAGCCCUCCAUUCGGUCCGGCAUCGGCAAGCCAGGUGUCAGCCAUGAGUGUCCCACUCCUCUACUUCUCCUCCUCUGGUGCCUUGGCCCUAGUGAAGUUGCUGCUGCCGCUACUGAUGGUGCAACUCUGGGCCGCGCAGGCGUUAUUGCUUCCGGGAAACGCCACGCAGGUGGACCUUGAGACGGCUAGCGUCCCGUGCACCCGUGGCUCACAACCCUGGCAGGUCUCCCUCUUCCACAACCUCCAGUUCCAGUGCGCGGGUGUCCUCGUCGACCGGAACUGGGUGCUCACGGCCGCCCACUGCUGGAGAAAGAAGCCACUGAGGGCUCGAAUUGGGGAUGAUCACCUGCUGCUUUUCCAGAAGGAACAGCUUCGGUCCACAAAUUCCCCCGUUUUCCACCCCAAGUACCAGCCUUGCUCAGGCCCGGUCCUGCCCCACCGCUCAGAUGAGCAUGACCUCAUGCUGCUGAAGCUGAGGAGUCCUGUCGUGAUAACGCCCAACGUGCACCCGGUGCAACUGCCCUUCCAGUGCUCCCAGCCAGGGCAGGAGUGCCAGGUCGCAGGCUGGGGGACCACAGCCUCCCGCAGAGUGAAGUACAACAAGAGCCUGACCUGCUCCAGGGUAACUCUCCUUAGCCGGAAGCAGUGUGAGGUCUUCUACCCGGGUGUAAUCACCAACAACAUGAUUUGUGCGGGGCUGGACAGAAACCAGGACUCUUGCCAGAGUGACUCUGGUGGCCCACUGGUGUGUGACAACACCCUGCAUGGCAUCCUCUCGUGGGGCAUUUACCCUUGUGGUGCUACCCCGCACCCGGCUGUCUACACUGAUGUCUGCAAAUACAUGCCCUGGAUCCGGAGAGUCAUUAGUUCCACGUGACCAGCCUCUCACGCCCGUCUUCCUCGCCCGCUUUCCUUCUGUCAUGCUCACUCAUCCCUUUGAGCAUGCGUCCUCUCCCCUCACACCGUUGAGCAUGCGCCCUCUCCCCUCACACCGUUGAGCAUGCGUCCUCUCCCCUC